AUGCAAGAAUACCCGGAUCCCGACACUAUUCGUGUCCUGAUAACUUCUGAUAACCAUGUUGGAUAUAAUGAGAAUGACCCCAUAGCUGGGGAUGAUUCCUGGAAGACAUUUAACGAGGUAUUGACUAUCGCCAAGGAUUACAAUGUUGACAUGGUUCUUCAAGGAGGAGACCUGUUUCAUGUCAACAAACCUUCCAAAAAAGCACUUUAUCAAGUCAUGAAAAGUCUACGUCUAAACUGCAUGGGUGACAAGCCAUGCGAACUCGAGCUACUGAGUGACCCGUCGCUCGUGUUCAAGUUUGGUGAGUUUUCAGACGUAAACUACGAAGACCCUAACCUGAAUAUAUCAAUACCGGUGUUCAGCAUAUCGGGAAAUCACGACGAUGCCUCAGGUGACACAUUACUGAGCCCAAUCGACAUCUUGCAAAUUAGCGGCCUGGUAAACCACUUCGGUAAAGUGAUGGAAAGCGAUAAUAUCGAAGUUACGCCGCUCUUGUUUCAAAAAGGAGACACCAAACUCGCCCUUUAUGGGCUGGCCUCUGUGAGAGAUGAGCGACUUUUCCGCACUUUCAAGGAGGGCAAAGUCAAGUUCAAUGUUCCCGCCAUCCGCGAUGGCGAAUGGUUUAACCUUAUGUGUGUUCAUCAAAAUCAUACGGGGCACACAAACACUGCAUUUCUUCCGGAGCAAUUUCUUCCAGACUUUCUUGAUCUUGUUGUGUGGGGUCAUGAGCACGAAUGCAUACCCCACCUUGUGCGCAAUCCAACAAAAGGGUUCGAUGUGCUGCAGCCAGGUUCUUCGGUCGCAACCUCAUUGUGCGAUGCUGAAUCAAAAGAGAAACAGGUAUUUAUACUCGAAGUUCGGGCUGGAAAGCACCCUAAUCUCACCAGUAUCCCUUUAAAAACUGUCAGACCUUUCAUAAUGCGAGAUGUUUCUUUGAAGGAUGUACCUGGUUUAAAGCCCCAUGAUAAAGACUCAAUUACCAGUUAUUUGCAACAAGAAGUCAAAGCUAUGAUUACAGAAGGACUUGAGCAAAAGUCUGCGAGGAAACGUACGGCCGAUGGAGCGCAAGAAAUUAUACCGUCUUCUGAUUUACCUCUUGUUCGCUUGAGAGUAGAUUAUAGUGGAAGGAAUGAAGCGGAUUUGGACUUUCAGGUAGAAAAUCCUCGGAGAUUCAGCAAUCGUUUCGUCGGCCAAGUAGCUAACACGAACAAUGUCAUUCAACUUUAUAAGAAAAGAUCGGGAUCUAAGAAGCUAAAAGAACAAAUGGAUGUGGAGGCUUUAGCCAAGGAGAGAGACAGCAAUCUUGGUGUGCAGACUAUGGUCAAAGGUCUAUUGAAAUCCAUGAAUCUUUCUUUGCUACCAGAACUCGGGAUGAACGAGGCUAUAGGCAGGUUUGUCGAGAAAGAUGAGAAAACUGCUCUCAAAGACUACAUUGAUCGUGAAAUUGACAACGAAGUCAAAAUUUUGAUCUCAAAUCAGCAACUUGUGAACAUCGAAGACAUUCAAGAUUUAAAAAAGCUUGUGAAAGAAGUUAGGUCGGCAAACUCUCUCGCUUCACACAGGCGGCCUUUUGACAAUUACGAGUUGGCGGCUGCGUCCAAUGCAUCGAAUCAAUCAGUCGACUCUGAUUCAGACUUUGAUAUUGAAGCAACUUCAUCGCGUUUCCCUAUAACAUCAAAAGUCACAAGAGCGCCUCGUUCCACCAACCACAAAACAAGAGCUCGCGAGCAGCACCCGGUUAGCGCCGAAAUCGUAAACUCUGAGGGAAGUGACCCAGGGUUUUCCCCCAUGGAGAUAGACGAUACACACGAAGAUCACCAGGAGCAUCCCAGCAACGUAUCGAGACGCGAAACUGAAGUCGUAGAGGGUUCAUCAGAUAAAAAGCGCACUUCGAGGAAAAAUACACAAAGCCGGAAAAACCAACCCAAAGCUGUAAGGCAGAAAACGCCCAAAACAGAUAUGCUAAAUUCUCUGCUUGCUCGGAAAAGAGGAUGA